CUGAGGAUGCUUCCUCCUCGCAUUCCCAUUUCACGAAUACCGGGACUCAAUCGCUCACUGCGAUUGCCCCGUUGCGCCACUCGACGACCAUACACGCAGACUUCGCGACAGCUCGCCCUAGCCCCGCCGCCCAGUCGCCCUCAGCUCGACUUCCUCUCGCCCACGUCCACCAGCCUCCCUCAGCCCCCUCUAUCGAUUCAUCUCCGCCGACAUUUCGCUCGUCUCUUCUCCACCGAAAGCCGCAAUUACUACCGCCGCAAGUUCUCUGGCAGUCUCAAGCUCGGUCUCUCAUUCACCGCCAUCCUCCUUCUCUUCCAAGUCGUCCAAGUCGGUGUCCGUCAGGCCGAGAUCGAAUACCAAUGGCCCACCCCGGAUGAAUGGUCGUGGAAAAGCCGCUGGUGCCUUCGCUCCGCGCAAGCCCACCAGAACCCAGAGAAGAUCGGCAAGCUCAUGACCGACUGGGCCAUGGUCACCAGCUUCCUGAGGGACCUGCUUCACCGUCUGGAGGACCCCGAACUCGAAGGCAAGGGUAUCGUUGAGCAAGCUGAGGGCGGAUUCUUGGUGGACGGCGUCGGCAAGACAGGGUUCGACAUCACCGCCAAGAGCGAGCCGUGGCGCCGGGGCUACUGGCAGGCGCUGAUGGGCGCCGCCAAAGCGGCCGAGUCGUUGGAAGGAUGGAUGACGGAUCGCAAGGAACGCAUCUCCGCGCCGGCCGAGUACGUCGUCGGACCUUCGAACCCACGGCCGAAGCCUAUGCCCACGAAACAGAAGAAGGUGCUGCACGAAGAGGACUGCGAGCCCGCCUCCCCUCCCCCGCAGGCCUUCUACGUGAAGAUCCUCACGACGCGGGGUUUCACCACGGGCCAGAAGGUCGAAGCGGCGCUCGCAUACGCGGACUGGCUCGCAUAUAAGGGCCUGGACAGCACCGCGGACGAGGUGUACCAGUGGGCGAUGGACAUCGCGGUCUCCGGGGCGACCUCAUCAUCAUCAUCAUCAUCACCAUCAUCACCCCCCCUAAACCCUUCGGAAAUCGUCGACACGAAGACCGGUAUCCUCCGCAACGACGGCCAGCAUUUCCCGUCCGAAAACAUCCUCCGCGUGUCCACGGCGCUGGCCGUCCAUCAAGCCCGCCAGGGCAAUCUCCCCACCGCGCUCGCGAUCUUCACCUCCGUGCUUAAAGCCCGCCGCUCCAUCCCCGCGGGCGUCGGCGAGCCCGCCACCGCAUACACGCCGACCCUGCCCCGCUCCCACGACCCCUUCCGAUCCUUCUUCAACAAACUCCAGACCACCCUCGCCCCCGCCGCCUACCCGCCCCCGCCGCCCACCGGCGACGCCCCGCCCGCCCGCACCCCGUCCGCCGUCUGCGACGAAGCCGCCCUCAUGACCUACAUCGGCGAGAUCAUCUUCGCCUCCUCCUCCAAGGAAACCGGCCUCGCCUGGACCCGCGACGCCGUCGAUAUGGCCGAAGCCACCAUGCUCGAAAUGAGCGCCGCCGGGACUGGUAGCGGUAGUACCCCCGACCCCGUCGCCAACACCCGCUGCGCCGAUUGCCUCCGCGUCGGCCUGGCCAACUGGAAGACCAUGGUCAAGCAGCUCACCGCGCACGCCGAGCAGGAAGAGGACGAGGCCAUUGAGCAAGCCGCCGCCGCCGCCCAUGCAAAAGCGUCCUCGUGGUUGUCGUGGUUUGGUCGCGGCAGCAAGAGCAACGAUAGUCUCGUGCAGCAGAAGAUCCUCGAGCGCAAGCGCUGGGAAGCCGAGGGCUUGAUCCUCGAUGAGCGUCGCGCCAGACUCGACUGGUUGGUGGAGGAUUAUACGCCAUACGAGGGCAUCGCUCCCAAUGCCUCGCUCUUUACCUAGGUUUUUUUGUUUAUCAUAGGUCGCGUUGUGACGUGUUAAUACAUGAGUCUUUGUCUGUUCAGGUGUUGGUAGUUAGGGUAGCUAAAGCGUGGAUUUUUGUGGACCUCGUGGAAAGGGUUUCUGGGUUGCAUGCACGCUGCUUGGGAGUUUGAGGGGUGG